AUGAACAUCACCGGAACUCUGGUUGCCUCUGACCAAGUCAUUGUGGUCUACUCAGAUGGUCAGAUCACCGCUGGAGAGAUUUCUCGUGCUUUAUUCUAUGCCAAUUCUCGCUUGUUGGCCAUGCGCCUGUAUGUUGGCAAGAGCUUUGCCACUGCGAUGCCGGGAUAUGCAGAAAAAUUCUACAGACUCAUGAAAUGGGAAAUGGAGACCUUUGUCACUCCUUUCAUCAACAUAUCCUUCCUCAGCAAGUGCUCCGCUGUCAUUCCAAAACCUCUUCAAGAUGUGAUAGCAAUCAUGGUGGUACAGACAUUGGUGGACCGGCAACCAGAUGUGAAUGAGGUUCUCAGUGACAUCAAAGCAUUGGCUCUCUCUGUGGAUUCCAUCACAUCUGAUCAAUAUGACAUUGCUCAUAUGCCAGACUACUUCAAUGCCUGGUGGAAGGAAAACCUGGGCUCUUGCAGGGUGUCAGACAUGUUGCCAAAGUCAUCCGUCCAAGAUGUGAUGGAGUUGGUGAAGGGCCAUUUUUCAGAACUUCCUGAUCAUGUGGAAACCGGCCUCCUUCCAUAUAUGCUCACAGUUGGCCCAGUUGUUCACCCGGAGAUGAUCGGAUCGGCAUCUCUUGAGCAGUGCCGGCAGACAACAAUUGGUAGAGAGCUGUUGGACAUAUUGCAUGGAAGGAUGACGAACUUUUUACGUUCAAGUGAUAGGUUGUGUUACAAGUAA